CGAUAGCCACCGACCUUCCACUGCCUUCAAGAAGCUGAGUUGCUGACGUUUUUUUUCGCACAUUUUGUUGUGAUUCGAGUAAAAUAAGUACUGCGCAUCUGAUCGAGAACGAGGACAUCGAAAUGGCUGCUCCUGUCAGUAAAGAGCAUCUGGCCCAGUUGAAAGUAUUCACCGAUUUGUGCGUUGAAAAUCCUUCGAUCCUGCACCUUCCGGACUUCGCUUUUGUCAAAACUUUCAUCGAACAUUUUGGAGGCAAUGUCCCUGAUGCCAAGAGCGGCAACACCUCGGGAUAUCCCAAAUUCAAACCUCAACCCCCUCAGGCAAAUAUUCCCGAGCCUGAGCCUGUACCGGAAUCUGAUGAAAGUGACAUCGAACUUGAUAUGACGGGUGUCAUUGAACCGGACACAGACGCCCCACAGAAAAUGGGUAAUCCUACUCUUCAGCCAACGGAGGAAGAAGUGGCAGAGUCUCAAUCGAAGCGUUCCGAAGCGGUGUCCGCUUUUGUCGAAAAAGACUAUGAAAAGGCGCUGUCUUUGUAUACAGAAGCUAUAGUACUGAAUCCUCAAGCUUCUUUGCUGUACGCAAAGCGCGGGCAACUGUACUUGAUGCUCAACAAACCCAACGCUUGUAUCCGCGACUGUGAUCGUGCUCUUGAAAUAAAUCCAGACAGUGCUGCCGCGCACAAGUUCAGGGGACGUGCUUACAGAUUACUUGGAAAAUGGGAGGAGGCUGCCAAUGAUCUUCGUCUAGCUUGUAAAAUCGAUUUUGAUGAACAAGCUGAUGAAUGGCUGCGAGAAGUUACUCCUAAUGCUCGCAAAAUAGAGGAACACAAACGGAAGCAGGAACGUAAAAAGGCUGAGAGAAUUGAACGUGAGAGAAUGGAAAGACUGAAGAAAGCCCGAGAGGAGGCAAAAUUGAGGGAAGAUAACACGCGUCCAUCCCAAACUGAAGGAUCCGCACCCGGGGCAGGAGGUGGUGGUUCUCCUGGUACGGGUGAUUUUUACCAAUUCCUUAAGGACCCUGAAGUUCUGCAAGCUUUCCAGGAUCCGGAGGUAGGGGAAGCGUUCAAGGACAUUUCUGCGAACCCGGCAAACAUAUUGAAGUACCAGAGCAACCCGAAGAUUAUGGCACUGAUUAAUAAAAUGGCUUCAAAGUUUGGGGGAGCGGGAGGUGGAAUGCCACCGGGUAUGGCUGGCAUGGCAGGCAUGGCAGGCGGCAUGGGCGGAUUUCCAGGCAUGAUGGGUGGUAUGCCCGGCUUUGGUGGUACAGGUGCAGCACCACCGACCGAUCCGUCUAGACCUCAGAACCCUGCAGACGACGUAGGCCUCGAUUAAAUUCGAAUGGCUGGGCAAAGUGAAGAGAGUUUCAUGCUGCUGCUGUCCAUAUACCUGGGGAACCUGCUGGACGUGAUGCCAGAAUGAUGCAGAUUCGUUAUCUUUGGUUUUCCUAACCAAUUGCCUAUAAUCGUAAUAUUCUAAUACUAACGAUAUUUCCCUUUUACUUAAACUUUUAUCACCCUUGUUACGAUUAUAAUAUUAUAGUUUUUUUUUUUUUUUUUUUUUUUAGUUUUCUAUGACCUAAUAUUUUUCAAAGCUUUCUCUGAAUCAAAUUAGCAUUAAGUAUCGUGUACGAUUUUUCAAUACGAAAUCUUACACUAAUAAUAGUACACCUAUUUACAGUUUUACACAUUGAAUAUCAUAAAAACGUUCGUUUAUUGUUAUAAUACUGCUGCUAUUUCUAUCGUGAGAUUUAGUCGUAUUUUAGAUUCUUCAAUCUAUAGUGUACAGCAAAUGUUGCAUGGUGAAUUGGCACAGUAUUUGCAUUAGCAAAGUCUUGCUAGUGUGAAAAAUAAUUUUCUUUGUAUACAAGUUCUCGCUUUAAAAUUGUUGACAUUGAUGCGACAACUCUUUGAAUUACUUCUUGCUGAAAACGUCUCAGAAAUUCUGAACAUCGUACUGCAUAUAAUUUUAUUUAUAUACUCAGAUCCCAGUUUUAUCGGCAGAUGGAAUGAAAUUACAAGAUCGAGGUAAAUCGAUUCGAGUAAGUUUGCUCAGUUUAUAUCAUGCUCUAAUAAUUACGAAUGAUAGCUGAUUCGGGGACUGAUAUUUUAAGGACAGCGUAUAACACAUAUAUAUAUAUACUUAUUCUCAGAAUUUUAUUUCGCGUUACACGUUUACACUCGGCAAUUAUUACCACAAUUGCUCGUUCAAUUUAAUUAUUCGGUACAGAGAAACGAAAUUCUUGUAAAACUGAUGUCCUUAUUAAUUGUAAGUGUACAUAUAAAUUGGGCAGCCGUGAUA